AUGGAAGAGAAAAAUGGUGAAAAAAUGGUUGAAAUUCGCCAAAGGCGAAAAGCUGGAUUAUCAAUAUUUGGAGGGAAAAGCCUAGAAGAGCAAUUGCCAGUCAUUAAAACUCGAUUUUUCCAAAUUGGACGUGAUCUUGGAGGAUCAAGCCAUCAUCAUCAAUAUACUAAGAAAGAAAAAGAAUUAUUAUCAAGAUACAGUAGUGCUGAUUAUUUCCCACCUCAUAGUCAAGUUUAUAAGCAUUGGUUGCUCAAACAUGCUCGCAACUUAGACUGGGAUCGAUGGCUAAUGAUGGGAAUCAUUGGGCUCUGUGUUGGUUUGGUUGGCUUCUUUAUGCAUCAAUUUAUUAAGCUGAUUGCUGAAGCACGAUGGGAUGUUGCAUACCUUCAUGUUGCUUCUGGUAAUCAUGCAACCGCUCUAGGUUGGAUUGCACUUAUCAGCAUCCUGUUAGCGUUAACAUCAGGAGCUCUAACAGUACUUUUUUGUUUUCCGGCUGCUGGUUCCGGCUUGCCGGAAUUAAUUGGCUACUUAAAUGGCACCAUUAUUCCGGAAAUAUUUGGAUUGAAAACAUUUUUUGUUAAAUUUGCAUCAUGUGUAUGUGCCGUAGGCUCUGGUCUACCUGUCGGUCCUGAAGGUCCAAUGAUUAGCUUAGGAGGGCUAAUCGGUUUAGGAGUUAGCCAAGGCAGAUCGAAAUUUUUCGGCCGCUUCUUACCGUUCGGACGAUUUGAGAAUCCUGAAGACAGGAGAAACUUUGUUAGUGCUGGAGCAGGUGCUGGUGUAGCAGCAGCUUUUGGUGCACCAGUUGGAGGUUUACUCUUUGCUAUGGAAGAAGUCGCAUCAUUUUGGAGUAUAAAACAUGGCUGGAUGACAUUUUUCUGUUGCAUGACCUCUACAUUUAUUACGGAUCUUUUCAAUUCAGCUUUUUCGGGUUUCCAAUAUAGCGGCGAUUUUGGACAGUUUAAACCAAGGCGUUAUAUCUUAUUUGAGGUAACACGAGAAAUCCCAGUUAAUAUCUUAGCAUUUUUACCGGCUAUUAUCAUUGGCAUUAUUGGGGGUUUUCUUGGCGCAUUAUUUACCUUCCUUAAUCUAAAGUUUGCUCGUGCUCGACUCUAUGUCGUUAAUCUUUUUAAAAGUACAUGGGCUAAGAAAUUGGUCCGAAUUUUAGAACCGACAAUUAUCAUGACCAUCAUGGCGGUUAUGUCGGUAUAUCUUCCAUCAGCAUUUCCCUGCACACCAUUUCAAUGCGUUUCUUCAGUCAGAAAUAAUUCUUACUUUGGCCCUCUUUGUGAAAGUGGUAGCCAAUAUAAAAUUCGUACUGAAGACGAAGUUAUACGCUAUCAAUGUCCAGAAGGAACAGUUAUCAAUAUGUCUUCAACUAAAGUCUAUAAUAACAACAGUUAUAAUCAAGUGGCAACAUUAAUUACACAACAAGGAGAAGAAGCAAUCCAUCGCCUCUUUUCUCGUCAGACUUACUACCAAUUCGAUUACGUGCCUUUGCUUGUUGUCUUGGGACCUUAUUUCAUUUUGGCUUGUUGGUCCGCUGGCACAGCUGUUGCAUCUGGAUUGGUCGUACCCAUGCUGUUUAUUGGUGCUUUAUACGGCCGAAUUAUAGGAUUAUCUUUAGUAUCUCUAUUUGGUGUCCAUCAAUCAGGAUACUGGGCAUGGAUGGAUCCUGGUGCGUUUGCUUUAGUCGGUGCUGCUUCCUUCUUCGGAGGCGUUUCUCGGUUAACAAUGUCUCUAACUGUGAUUAUGAUGGAAAUCACCAAUGAUGUCCAAUUUUUAUUAGUCAUCAUGACCAGUAUCUUGGUCGCAAAACAUUUUAGAAUAGUUUGUUUAGAACUAAUUGUAUUUAUUGAUAUGAUGACUAGCCCGAAUCAUGAAUUUUAUACGAUAGGCGAUAUCAUGACCCGUGAUCCACAGUGUUUGCAAGAGAGAACGUCAGUUCGUGAUCUAGCCAAAUUAUUAGUCAAUAACGAUCAUCAUGCUGGUUAUCCAGUUGUGACAAAAUCCAAAAGACAUGAUGAACAAAUCUUUCUUGGAUUAAUUACGGAACAAGAGCUUUAUGGCCUAUUUUCAACUAGUAAAGAUAUUUUUAUAGGACCCGAUGAUGAUGGUUCCAAGACACCAACAGCUUCGUAUGAUGUAUUGCGAGAUGUGAAAUACAGUGAUGAUUUAGCAAUUGAUAUCAAAAGAUACGCUAGCGAGGAAGAAUACGAUCAGAAAUUUGUCGAUUUAAGACCCUACAUAAACAAAUCCUCCUUUUCUAUUCCCGUAUCAUUCUCUCUUCGCCGUUGUUAUAUUCUAUUUCGAACGAUGGGCUUAAGACAUUUAGCAGUGGUCGACGAAGAUAAUCGAUGUGUUGGCAUAGUUACUAGGAAAGAUCUAAUGGGAUUUCAUAUAGAUGAAAAAAUUAGAGCUAAAGAAGAGCAAAAAGAAGAAGAAGAAUUAACACCGAUAUCUACAGCAGCUUUUUAA